UAUAAAAGACCGCACGACCUCGAUGGAAAUGCUUUUACUUCGCUUGAAAUUGUUAUACGUUUGAAGAAAUUAAGACAGAAAGAAACAUAUUCGCCGGCUUGUCAGAGUUAAUCGAUAUAAAGCUACAAGUACAAACAGAUGUUUGUAUACUGUGUUUUGUAGUAGUUUUAUGGAAUGGGUAGCUGGUAGCUGCUUGGAUGUGAGAUUGAGGAGAUGAAUGUAACUACAGUUCUUGUAACUAGCGAUAUUUUGUAACUUAAACUUGUAAUAAAUUAGGAAAUGGUAUAUAUUGAUUUAAGUAGCAUGUGAUUUGAGGUAUUCCCCGUAAAGAUGGCAAGUAGCCAAAGUCAUUUACUGGGGCUUGAAGGAAGGACGGUGCAACUAAUUUUGUGUGAACACCCGUUAGGAUUUAUUUGAUCUAGCAUUUACUGUACUUCGUGGGCUACUGAAAGACGUGACAUACUACAAGAACAAAAUGAGUCAGGGAGCAGGAGAUGCCGUUCCUCGCAUCUUAUUAAAAGAGGUUCCGAAAGGUGCAAAGAUAAUUGAUAUAUAUUGGGGACUUCAGAAAUUCGGUACUAUUACGUACAUUGGACUUGGCAAUGACAAUGCUGUAAUAGAGUUUGCAGACAGGAUCUCAGUUGGUAAAGUAUUGUCGAGCCACCCAGUUAGAGUGAAAACGAAUACAGUGCGUGCUUCACAUGAGCCCGAAUGGAAGUCCAUUUCGGGACUGAUCAACAUGCACGAGACAUUUACACUAGAUCCAGACAUAAAGGCAGUCUUGAAGAAUGAGGACUCUUUUAACCAGAAAAUUGCCGAUCUGGUUAGUACGGCCGAUAAAUUGACUUUGGACUUUGAUGAUGACAUAGAUGAUGGUGUCGGCAGUCGGGAACGUCAUCCUGUGUGUGCCGUGCUGGAGAGGAUACUUCCUGAUGAGUUAGUUCCCAACGUGAGAGUGUACCCGUUUGGCUCUCGUGUCUCUGGUACUGCUCUGGAGACAAGUGACCUUGACAUCUUCAUAGACUGUGGUGACACAUUCUACGGCGAGUAUGUCCCGAACGUGGAGGAGCUGGUGUCCAUUGUACAGACCGUGAAACGACAGCUAGCUAAGGCGUGGCCCGAGUUCAACCACGUGACGGCCAUUCCCAGGGCGCGUGUGCCCAUCGUCAAGUUCCUCCACUGUCCCAGCAACACGCGCUGUGACGCGGCCUUCACGAAUGGCAUCGGUUGCCGCAAUGCUCGGCUGUUGAGAUUUGUGUUGUCUCUGGACAGCCGCAUCCGACCCCUCCUGUUGUUCCUCAAGCGCUGGGUUUACAGCAUAGACUUGACGCCAGUAGCCAGGAACUCGCCGAGACCGGAGCUGACGUCCCAUGCUCUUGCUAUGGUCACCUUCACCUUCCUACAGACGGUGAAGCCUCCCAUCCUGCCUCCCAUAAAGGGUAUAAAGGAAGCUGCGGACUACAGCAUCAAGGUUGCAGGUUGGGAAACCGCAUUUUGCAACGACAGCGAACAGUUUCGCAUCACAGAUCCCCACGACAGGCGGUCUGUCCGUGAACUGCUGCUGGGCUUCCUGCAGUGCUUCCAGCGGAUCGACUGGCAGAAGAUGGCAGCAUCUCCGCUGGAUGGAGCGUUUGUGCCACGCCAGUCGGUGCCGCGCAUCGUGCCUACGAAAUCUGCAGCGAUGGUGGUUCUCGACCCGUUCAACCUGAGUCGAAACCUGACCGUGAACGUCAGUGACGUGGCACUGUGUCGACUCUGCGCGACUUGUGCGUUGACAGUGAGGGAGAUGACUUCUCGCUGAUGGCAAAUGUGCAAUCCGUAGCAGAACAUCUGGGAGUCACAGAAGUUGAAGAGGUGCACCUAGAGGAAUACAAGUGCAGCACCAGUGACUUCCAAAUUAUUAUUAUUAUUUUUUUUUUUUUGGUCAAGUCGAGCACCAAAGCAACUUGUGACUGUGUGAUACUUCAUUUAUCUUCCAGCUACAGUAGCAUAUAAUCUACCCUAACCACUUUUGGUUUUGCACGUAAGAUGUAAAGCAGCAUAUGGUAUCGAAACAUAUCUGUACUCAUGAUAACAUAUUAUUUUAUUUAAGGUGCUAUACUUGAUGCACAUAAGUGUCUAUUGUGAUUUUGCUAAUUGCAUUAGUAGAGCUUAAAUUAUGGCAGUAUUCAGCCCUAAAAAGUUUGGGCAAACAACCACAAAAUUUCAGUAUGAAGUUUGUGCAUAUGACAGUGAAGACGACAAAGAAAAUGUAUAAUAUGUUUUGUUGACUUAGGGCACUGCACAGUGUAUUAUAUUAGUUGAUUCUGUUUGUAUGUAUGGUCAUGUCUUGUCUUUUAAGUUUUCCAUUGGUUAAUAUCAAAAUUGUUAAAAUGUUGCUGGAAGAAAAUAAUGUAAUUCUGCAAUUAGUCUCAUAAAAGUUACUG